UUCGACGGGUAGGGGCGCAUCGCGGCCGAUCGGGGCGCAAGAGGGAGGUGGCAGCGUGAAAGGCAGAGAGUGUAACCCCACGGUCGCACCGCCACCCGUGCGUCGUCGUACUUAAAAUAUGACUCAGGUUAGAGCGCACACGGGGUAGUCGUGCGAGUGUAGAAAUAUUAGCCGUGUGCACCGGGAAUAUAUUAUCCGUAUUAGUUUUAAGCGUAAGUAAAAAUAAUAGUGAGUAAGGAUUGUUGUCCGGGGACGCGCAACGGAGUCUCCGUCGAGAGAGAAAGACAGGAAGAGAGAGAUAGACAGAAAGACGGAGCGAAAGCAGAACGGAGUCAGCGUAAGGGAAGAAAGUCAACUAUCAAGACAGACGGAUGAUACGAAGAAAAAUGAAGAUCGACCUGGACCGGGAGAAGGGCCUCGAGCUCUUUGGCAAGCUGAUACGUACAAAGAACAUCGAAAGUCUGCAAGGUGAUCAGUCCAAAACCGGUCCCGAGCCACUUCAUCCAGCCGACUCCAAGCAGAAAUUACAGAAGUGCCUGACGACUCUGGACCUGACGUCUUUAGGAGUUGGCUCCUGCGUCGGGACAGGGAUGUACCUUGUCGCAGGAAUGGUGGCGCGCAGCGUUGCCGGACCUGGUGUCGUCUUCUCAUUCAUUAUCGCAGCCAUUGCUUCCAUUUUUUCCGGGGCGUGUUACGCCGAGUUUGGAGUACGAGUGCCUCAUACGACCGGCAGCGCUUAUAUGUACAGUUACGUGACAGUAGGCGAAUUAAUAGCAUUCAUUAUUGGAUGGAACAUGGUGCUGGAGUACCUUAUAGGUACGAGUGCGUGUGCGUGCGCCCUUAGCGCCUGCCUCGACGCGUUGGCGAACGGUGCUAUUUCCGGGGCGAUAGCCAACAGCGUUGGCACCAUACUCGGACGGCCGCCAGAUUUUGUCGCGUUCGUCAUCACGAUACUCAUGAUGCUGCUGAUGGCGGCGGGCGUGAAGAAGUCACUGGUGUUCAACAACGUGCUGAACGCCAUCAAUCUCGCUGUCUGGGUCUUCGUCAUGGCGGCGGGCAUGUUUUAUGUGGAUUCCGACAAUUGGUCUCAGCACAGUGGUUUCCUCCCCUACGGCUGGAGCGGGGUUUUCACCGGCGCGGCGACGUGCUUCUACGCCUUCAUUGGCUUCGACAUAAUAGCCACCACCGGUGAAGAGGCGACGAAUCCGAAGAAGAGCAUACCCCUCGCCAUUGUCUCGUCAUUGAUCAUAAUUCUCGUUGCUUACGUGACGAGCAGCAUGGUCUUGACACUGAUUGUUCCGUACGAUCAGGUCGAUCAGGACUCGGCGCUGGUGGAGAUGUUCGGCCAAGUCGGGGCCUACAAGUGCAAGUACAUCGUCGCGGUCGGUGCGCUGGCGGGCCUGACGGUCUCCAUGUUCGGCAGCAUGUUUCCGAUGCCUAGAAUAGUCUACGCGAUGGCUCAGGAUGGCCUUAUAUUUCGGAGCCUCAGUCAAGUUUGGCCGGCGACUGGCACUCCCGCAAUUGCGACUCUAACCUCCGGCAUGUGUGCAGCUUUUGCUGCGCUGUUGAUUCAGUUGGAAGUGUUGGUAGAGAUGAUGUCGAUCGGUACUCUGUUGGCAUACACCUUGGUAUCCACGUGCGUGCUAAUACUGCGAUACCAGCCGCACUCGACCAAUCUUGUCGAAUUGCUGCCGCAGAGCUUGCGGACGCCGUGUCGAUCACCCACGAAGGAGACGCAGGGAAACGGCCAAGUGGCUUAUGGCAAAGAGCUCAGGCCUGAUCAGCUUACGACCGCGUUGAACUCGGUACAGACGUCUCAGUCGGAGCUCACGACUACCAAUAAUGGGCAGCGUAUUACGGUACGGCGGGUGAGGAGGUGCAACAGCUCAUCACCGGACUCGGAUGACACGUACGGCGGCGAGGAAGACGAGGUCGGACUGGGUAAGGACGAUCAGUAUCUCGUCAGCGACAGGACGGAGAACAAAUUCUACGGAAGUGUGCACGCAGCUGCGGCCGCCUCGAGUUGCGGUAGCGCUCAUCAGUAUCCCGGAAACACGCCAAUCAUAGGGCCACCAUUGAAUUAUCUACAACGUCGGCUUCAGGCAGCACAGUACCUUUGUCCUGCUAUAUUCCCAUGGGUGGACAGAGGUCCUGCGACAGAGGCGUCAGGACGUUACGUCAUGAAGCUUGUUGGGAUCUUAUAUCUCUUGAUCCUUAUUUUUGAUCUGAUUAUCGUCUGCGGGAUGGGUAACAUGGGAACAUUUACAACGAUACUGCUAUUCUUAUUUCUCUUUGCCAUAAUCGGUGUACUGCUCGUCAUCAGUAGAAAGCCACAAAAUAGGAGCAGCGUAAUGUUCAUGACUCCAGGCUUACCUUUCGUCCCUGCGGUCGCCGUUACCGUUAACAUUUAUCUCAUCUUCAAACUCAGCAUCCUCACCUUGGUCAGGUUCACGGUCUGGAUGAUUCUCGGUUUCAUCAUGUACUUCCAGUAUGGUAUCAAAAACAGCAGCCUGGAGGAGGCAAACGCGUCGGAGAAUGUCGACGACAUCGUCGUCGGUAGCACGGCCGGCAAUAUCGAGCUGACCGUGACCGAUCACCACCAACGACAACAGCAAAAGCCAUACACGCCGGAUCGUAGCAUCUACGAGAGCGAGCAGCUGGACGCGUUCGGCCAGCCGGUGUUUGGCAGCACAAACUUCGGCGGCACGCCGAAUCAGCAGCAGCAGCAGCAGCAGCAGCAGCAGCACAUCGGCAUCGGCGGCCAUCAGCAGAGGCAAACGGGGGCGGCGGCGAGCGGCCAUCGCAUCGACCAAACCGCGUCGACGACGAACAAGACUCUGUUCAUUAACCAGGAGAGCUUCCCCACCUGGGACGAUUGAGGAGCAUCGCGCGCGGUACCGAGAACGGAUAUUAAUGUAUACACUACACACGAAUAGAGAGGGAAAGAAAGAGAUAUUAUUAUUACUACUAUACAUCCCUGACACGUUGGCACGUGGCGCGCGUGCGACUGGCAUCGGAUGAUUGGCGUCGGUGAAAUCAGACUUCUCGGAGAUCUCGCGGUGUUUUCGAGAUUCGAAAACGCGCGAGAGAGUUGCGCGAGCAACUCCUUUUAGCAGAUGAGCGAUUUAGCUUUCGACGAUCAAAGUUCAAUGCGCUUAAUAGGAGCAAAAGAAUUGUUUUAAAAAAAUGUCCGUAAGAUAUUCAAUAUAGAUCCGAUAUGUUAUCUGAAAUUAAGUUUGUGAAGUAUAAGAUAUAAAUUGAACUGCAAUUAAUCGACUGAUGGAAGACUAGUGAUUCUUUAGAGCUAAUUUUCAAACUCUUUUAAUUCUUUUCUUAUUUUAUUUUAGAAA